CAUUCGGAUUGGGGGUAGAGUAUAGCGUGCGUUUUCCCACUUUUCCACUAGAUUAUCGAUAUCGUUGAUGAAAUGUGAAAUUUUCUAAUUUUCCAAAAAAAGUGGAUUUUUUUCGCAAUUUUGAGAUAUGUCUGACAAAGGGGCAUCAGAAGGUGGGCUUGCGCCAGAUGCAGCAGGAGGUGCAGGUAGCGAUGGAAUCGUCGGAGGUCCAAGAACACCCCAACAGAUCGCAUCGCAAAAGCGAUUGCAGCAAACGCAAGCGCAGGUCGACGAAGUCGUCGAUAUUAUGAAAACAAAUGUCGAAAAAGUUCUCGAACGUGAUCAAAAAUUAUCGGAACUUGACGAUCGAGCAGAUGCGUUACAACAAGGAGCCUCACAAUUUGAACAACAGGCUGGAAAAUUAAAAAGGAAGUUCUGGUUACAAAAUCUAAAGAUGAUGAUAAUUAUGGGAGUCAUCGCGUUGAUUAUAUUAGCCAUCAUUGUUUCUAAAUUCACACCGGAUUCGGCACCAGUUGCACAGCCACCAAUGUACCAAUAUCCACCACCGCCACCACCACCAGGACCAGCUCCUGCUGGUGGCCCUCCACAAACAGCACCAGCUGCUUUGGUCGACGCUGCAAAUCUCCCACAUGGAGUUCGCAAUUUUAUCUAAAAAAUCGUUUCUCAACGAAAAAUAUUGUCGAAAAAAAUAAAUAUAUAAAUAACCUCCCUCUUUGGAAUUAACUAAUUUUAAUUAUUCUUCAAAAAAAAGACAAGAAAAAAAAAUUUGCGCCUCGGUCUCAGGGAUCUCCAAAAUUUGUUCAUAAAUUAAUUUUUUCUAUUUUUGUUUCACAUUAAUUUUUUACUAUCAAUGUUUACAUUAUUUUCAAACAAAUUUUUUAUGUUUAAAAUUGUAAUUAUUUAAA